CGCAAUAUAUUUUAAGCCUUCUUUCAAGAAGUAAAAGGAAGUUGAUCGAGAAAUGAUUCAAGCUCUUACAGUCUUGGUGCCGGAUGAGCAUUUGCAAGACCAAAUAAGUGCACAAAUUGAGGAAUACAUGCAGGCAACAGGUGACUUCAAUAUGCCCCUUGCUAUUUGUCAACGAGAGAAACUAUCUCCAGGUAAUCUUUUAUUUUUCAGUAUGCCUAUUUUAUCUUGUAAGUUGCUAGAUUUUUAUCUAGUAAAUUGUUAAGUUUUCAAUCUUUUAGUUUCAUGGUAGGGGCAAUUCGGAGGUUUAGUUCCAGAUUUACAAAAGUUUGCUAUUCGAGUACUUAGCCAAUGUUGCAGUGCAAUUAGAUGUGAAAGAAACUGAAGUAUGUUUGAGUCUAUCCAUUCUAAGAAGCGGAAUAGACUAGAGCACAAAAGACUCAAUGAUUUAGUCUAUGUGUGUUAUAAUUUGAAGCUUCGAGAGAGGAUUAUUAGGCGAACGAAAGAUGCACUUGAUCCGAUUAGUCUUGAGAACAUAGAUGUGUUGGAUGAUUGGGUGAGCGAAGAGCCUAGUCUACUUGACGAAAAGGAUAUUGCAUGGGAGAUUAUUGAACCACCAUCUUUAGAGGCAUUGACGUUAGAUGAUCAGGAGCCUAACUUUGAUGAUGCCGCUGAUGAUUUUCCAAAUGAGAACGAGAGACAGUAUGAUCAUUGGGACAUUGGAGGACACAAUGAUCCUUAUGUUUAUGUUGAAUGACAAACUAUGUUUUUUUUAGAUGUACUUCUCAAGUCUCUUUUGGUGAACUUUGCGUAUGUUUCGAGAUGAUGGAUAUGUACUUGACAUUGCGUACGUUUUGCGGAUGCUCUUGGAAGUUGGAACAUUUUCUUGUUAAUUUGAAGUCACUUAUGUGAAUUUUGUUGUCUUAAUAUAGGCAUUUUAUGAUGAAUUGCAUGGUAUGGGAAAUUUUUUUGAAUUAUAAUUAUACAUAAUUAUUAUAUAUAUUGUAA